AUGCAGCUUAAAGAUGACAAAGUAAAAAAGGGUAGAAGUUUGCAAGCUUUACUAGAUAUGCUAAUGAUGUCCCUCCAAAUGAUUGAACAGUUGCAAGUUAGUUUUAAUCUGCAAGCUUCUCUUAUUGAUACGCUGCAUGUACAAUUAGAAGAUUACCGCACCCAGGCACAAAAUGCAGCUCACGCUGCUGGAUUCUUACAAGAUAAAGUUCAUAAUUUAGAAUCCAAAAAUAUUAUCCUUGAUCAAGCUGUAGACACCUUACAAUGCCUGCGUACUAAGCACUGUCCUUCUUUAAAACUAGGAGGUAAGGCUCGGGGAAGUGCUAUAUUUAAAAAAUCCCCUGUUGCUCAUGAAAACAAAUGGUAUCAGAUUGCCACCUUGUCCGUCGAUCUUCCUUCUGCUUUAAUUAAUGAAGACGACAUUGCUAUGUGGAUGGAGCAUAAAAAUGAAAAUAUUGAGUUUCCUUCACAAACAAUUUCUGUCCCCUCUGCUCCUCCCACGUAUACACAUUUGUAUCCAGAAUUGCCAAUUGAAUUUUCUAAAACUAAUCUUGUUCCUUGUAAUCCUAUAACACGUGGUCCUCAAUUAGAGGCUAACGAAGUGUUAUCAGAUGACAAAUUGAAGGAAAUUUCUGCACAUCAUGCUAGAAUAGAAAAAGAAUAUAAUGAUAUGGAAAUGACUUUACAUAAUGUAAAACAAUCAUUUUCACAAGAACACCAGCAGAGACGAGACUUAGAAGCAGAGUUGUCUGAAGCUGCACGACUAUUAACUGAGACUAAAACUGACCUUGAACGUUUUAGGCUUGACAAUGACGAGUUACAACGGGUAAAUGACAAACUUAAGGCUACUACUAAAAAACAAGAAAAGACUACUAGCAUAUUGCAUGAUACUACACAAGACCUUAAGACUGCUAACAAACAACUGCAAAGUGACCUUAAAGAGGCUAAAACUAAACGACAUAUUGUUAUUUCUGAUCCUGUUAAUGUACACAUGACAGCACCUUCUUCUGUGAAAGCGACAGAAGCCAGGGCUGUCUUAUCUGAAAUAGGGCAAGCUCCUGUAAAUAAGGGUACUAUUGAGGAUUUCAAUAGAUUCACACAUUGGAUCGGAAAACUCCUUCGCUGGGGUUCUUCGGAUUCACAACUAAUAGAGAUUUUUCUGAAAGGUCUGGGAUCCUGUUCAGCUGUCAUAGAAGGUUUUGCACAAACUUUUUCUCAGCUGUUAGAACGGUGUUGCCAUAAACUAUUUCAUUUGUCUAGUCCGUUCCAGAUUAACAAAGCUUUUAUCUCACUUCCUAAUGAGUCUAUCACAGAAACUGCUAACAGAGUAAUUGUUUUCCUUGCUGCUCUUACUAAUGGGGCUACUUCUUCAGAAAAACGUUCUGAAAUACAAGCUGACCUUAAAUUGGAUCCAGCAGUGCGGGAGUUAAUUUUCACUCUUGUACCAAGUAACAUUUCUCAUGUUAUGACCAUCUGUUACGGUGACCUGAGGAAUGUUGACUUUAAUUCAUGGCUUGACCGUUUGCAAGUUGAAAUGGAUAGAUAUUCUAAACCCUCUCCGAUUUCUGAAAUAACAUAUCAGGCUCAAAGAUCUUGGAGAGAUGGACAGCAAUUAAAUAAUGCCUCUAAUACUUGGCAGACAGAAGGUCCACAGUACCGUGGACGGGGUGGUUUUAGAGGUAGAUUUAAUACUACAAGACGUGGCAUAGGAAAAGAUGGUGAGUGGAUUCCCUUGAGGGAUAUUAUUGCAUCUCAAAAAGCGUUACAACAUUCUGUUGAGUUACUUAGAAAACAAGUAGAGCAAGCUAAUUUAAUGCCUGUUGCAACUCUAACAACUUCCCUUCCACCCCUCUCCUCCUGCUAGGGAUGUGUUUUCUCCUCUCCUCUUUGUCUCGACUGGCCUCUGGAUCUAGAUAAAUGGGGACGACCAAUGUGUACUAUGUUGGUAGAUGGGGAGAAAAUUAACACUCUAAUCGAUACAGGGGCAGCUGCUACACUAAUAUCUGGUACACCAAAAACUAGCAAAUUUACUACUGCUUGCAUUGUGGGGGUUACUGGCAUGCCAAAAACAGUGUAUGUUGAACCUAGGACGUUGAAGAUUGGCUCUAAGACUAUACGUUCUGAUGUGUUUUUGGAAAAAGAUGCGUUAUCUCUGUUGGGAGCUCCGGAUAUUGUAAAGUUUGGGUUUAUCAUUGAUUUAAUGAAUCACAUGCUUUGGAAUAUUGAGGGGAGUACUAGCCCUUCUGAGCAUACUCGGAUCGGUUUAGGCUCCAAUUUGCCUCCUGUGCAUGUUGUCUAUCCACAUGAGGAUGUUGGGGCCGUAAAGGGUAUUAAAAUCAAACACCCUCCUGCUCCUCCUGUGGAUACAGAAUCUUGGUGGCAUGAAUAUGCUGAUGUAUGGGCCAAAGAUAGUCUAGAUUGUGGUAAAUCACAAUUAAUGGUUUCUUUGGAUGGUACACACCACCCAUAUGUUAAACAGUAUCCAAUUCCACGUGAGGCAGAAAAGGAUUUAGAAGUUAUCAUUGACCAAUUGUUACAGCGUGGGUUAAUUCGACCAUGCCAAACUGCAGGCUCGAGUCCUGUGUGGCCUAUUCGUAAAAAAGACAACACUUGGCGUUUAACCAUUGAUUACAGACGACUAAAUGAGACAGUUUUUAGAACAGCACCUGUUGUGGCCUCUUACCCUGAACUGAUUGCUAAAUUAACUCCUGAAAUGCAGUAUUAUACCGUGUUAGAUCUUGCAAAUGGGUUUUAUAGUGUACAAGUCACUCCUGAAACUCAGUAUCGUACUGCAUUUGCUUUUCAGUCUAAACAGUAUUGCUGGACAGUUCUUCCUCAAGGUUACUGUGAUAGCCCUGCAAUUUUUCACAGCAUGUUAGCUCAAGCUCUAAAGUCUCAUAAUUUGCAUAACAAAAUUGUUCAGUAUGUUGAUGACUUGUUAAUAGCUAAUGAUUCCAGAGAGAGUAACAUUAAACUGUUAAAAAAGGUUUUGGAAUGCCUUAAAAAGCAUGGCUUGAAACUUAACCCUGACAAGUGUCAGUUGGUCCAACAGAAGGUUAAUUACCUCGGAUUGGAACUUGGUCCAACAGGCAGAAGUAUUCUUGAAGAUAGGGUUAAACAUAUUCUUUCCCUACCAAGACCUGUAGAUGUGAAAUCUUUACAGCAGUUUCUUGGGCUUACAGGAUUUUGCAGAGAAUUUGUUGCUAAUUAUGCUUUGCUUGCAGAACCAUUAUCUGACCUACUGAAACAAAACAAAUUUGAAUGGAAUGAUUCUCAUACACAGACAUUUUCCUCCCUCAAAUCUGCAUUAGCUAGUGCACCCAUUUUGGGCACUCCAGCAUCAGACAAACCAUUUUAUUUAUACUCUAGUGUGUCUGAUACAACACUUGGUGCAGUAGUGGCCCAAUACCAUGGUGAUAUAAUAGCCCCUAUUGCAUACUUAAGUCGCAAAAUGACAUCACCUGAAUUGAAAUUUGGUCCUUGUGAAAAAAUUGCCCUAGUUACAUACUGGACCAUACAAAGACUGAGAUAUCUUCUCAGCGGUCAGCACAUUGUGAUUCGUUCACAUCAUAAUCCCCUGCUUUUGCUGAAAAAACAUAAUUUGGCUUUAAGUGACAUUCGUAAUGAACGUGUGGUGAGAUGGAUGACUACGCUGCUCACUGAACACAUUACAGUGGAACCGUUAAAGGAACCCUCUGUACAUGUGUUGGGUGUUCUUAUUCAAGGUCAGGAUCAUGUAUGUCAUCCUAUGAUUGCUCCUAAAGCACAUUCUGUUUUCAAAGAGGGCAGCCCUGCUGAUGUGGGUAAUAACCCUGUUUGGUACAUUGAUGCUAGUUCAUCAGUCAUCGAUGGUAAGCGCAUGACAGGUUUUGCAGGUGUACUUCUUGAAGGUAGAACUAUUCUUGAUUUGUUUCAGUAUGCUUGUAAAAAUGCAGGAGCACAGUUUGCUGAAUUGGCUGCACUACUAACUUUGAUCCGAGACAAAAUUGGGAAAGGUGGUACACACUUUGUAGUCACUGACUCUAUGUAUGUUUUCAGAGGAGCUUUGAUUCUUCUUACGUUUUGGGUCAACAAUAAAUGGCAGUCCACUGAUGGCAGUAUAGUACAGCACAAAGGCUUAUGGGAACGCAUACAGGAUUUGUCAAAAGAUCAUGUAGGCUUUAUCAAACUCGUCAAGGUUAAAGCACACAGAUCUAAGGGACCUUUGGCAUACGGUAAUAGUCUUGCUGAUAAAUUCGCAAAAGAGGCUGCAUGUCUUCCUGAUAUUCCACUAUGGGAAGAGGAAGAUGUAUUGUAUCAUACACCACUUGCACCAGUGCAGUUGUAUGCCCCUGACGAUGAUGGCACACGAUGGUCUGUACUUCGAGAACAUCAGGAGUACGAUUUGGUACUCGCUCCUCUUUUUGAUGACCUGGCACCUAAGUUAGGUAAAGAAACACUGAAAAUUUUGCAUGACAUUUUAGUCAAAGACACGGAACAUGGUCCUGUCUGGGUUAUUCCCUCUCAUUUGGUAAAAUGUUUGCUGGCUUGGGUACAUGGUUCCAUUGCAGGGGGACAUCCCAAAUUACAAGAAUGUAUGGAUAGGAUGUCUAAACUGGGAUGGUGGCCUACUAUGAGAAGAGAUAUUCAAGAUCACAUUGAUAGAUGUAUUGUUUGUGCACACCAAGAUCCAGCAAGACAACUAACACGUGGAGCACUAAUGCGACAUGCUCCUACUGGACCUUGGAACAGACUACAGGUUGACUAUGUAGGUACACUGCCAUUGACAGCCCGUAAAAAUCGCUAUAUAUUGGUAGUCGUUGACUCUUUUAGUCGAUGGAUUGAAGCUUUUGCUACCCCUAACAAAACAGCUGGCACAACUGCCAAAAUCCUAGUGCAAAAUGUUUUCUGUCACUUUGGGAUUCCAAAACAAAUGGAUUCAGAUAAUGGUGGUGAAUUUGUCAAUACCAUCCUGAAAGAGAUCACAAGUUGGUUAGAUCUCCCUUGGGAUUUCCAUAUUGCUUAUCACCCUCAAAGCAGAGGCAUGGUUGAAAGGAUGAAUGGCCAGAUAAAAAAGGAACUAAGCAAAAUCUGUAAUGCCAAUGGUAAAAAUUGGGAUAUUUUACUGCCUUUUGUCCUUGCUCGGAUGAGAUCUAGAGUUAACAGGCAUAUUCAGAUGUCUCCUUAUGAAGUACUUUUUGGUCGCAGUAUGCCUUCAUGGGAACGCCUUUUGCUUCCUAUGGAUAUAUCUACCUCUGUAGCAUUAUGCAAUGAAGAAUGGGCCAAAGAACAUUCUCUAUGGCUCACCACUGUACAAGGACAGGCGCUGCACACAGAUGCGGUGUCCGCCUUAAAAAGUAAAAGUGAUUUUGAUAAAAAAUCUGACCUUACUGAAUACCAAGUGGGAGAUUCUGUGUGCAUGCUUAAACAAGGACAGAAAAACCCUAGGAAAUUUCCUAAAGAUUGCUGGGAAGGUCCAUAUCUUAUUGUGGACAAAGUGGGACCCUCAGUUUAUCUUAUUCAAAAAUCAGAUGGUUUAAAUGUCUACAAGCAUGCAAUGCAUCUUAAAUUGUUUAAGGGCUCUUAA